CGAUCUUUUCAACAAGCCGAAUCCAACAUGGUGAAGGUCAAGGCCAAAGAGCUCCGUACCCGGAAGAAAGAGGAACUGCUUAAGCAGCUUGAGGACCUCAAGCAGGAACUUGCUGCACUUCGAGUUACCAAGGUUACUGGUGGAGCUGCCUCUAAACUCUCAAAAAUCCAUGUAGUACGAAAGUCUAUUGCCCGAGUUUACACUAUUAUUCACCAGAAACAGAAGGAGAAUCUACGAAAAUACUACAAGAGCAAGAAAUACAAACCAAAGGAUCUCCGCAAGAAGAAGACCAGGGCUAUGCGACGUGCUCUUACCCCACAUGAGAAGUCUCUCAAGUCCAGCAAGCAAGUCAGAAAGGAGCGAGCUUUCCCUAUGAGGAAGUAUGCUGUAAAAGAAUAGACUGUACUGUAAAUUAUGUAAUAAAAAAAAUCAGAAAGA